CGAGGGGCGGGGCGCCUGUCAGGGAAGCGGUGCGCGCGGGUGGCGGGCGGGCUGGGGCUUCUCCACACAGUGCCAGCCCCAGCCCCAGACCCGCCCGCACCCCGCGCUCUCCCUCGUGCGCGUCGCGUCUCCAAGGACUCGCCAGCCCGCACUCCUGCUCUCGCCCGUGAGCCGCCUCAGGAUGGAGCUGCUGUGUUGCGAGGGCACCCGGCACGCGCCCCGGGCCGGGCCCGACCCGAGGCUGCUGGGGGACCAGCGUGUCCUGCAGAGCUUGCUCCGCCUGGAGGAGCGCUACGUGCCGCGAGCCUCCUACUUCCAGUGCGUGCAAAAGGAGAUCAAGCCGCACAUGCGGAAGAUGCUGGCGUACUGGAUGCUGGAGGUGUGUGAGGAGCAGCGCUGCGAGGAGGAUGUCUUCCCUCUGGCCAUGAACUACCUGGAUCGCUACCUGUCUUGCGUCCCCACCCGAAAGGCGCAAUUGCAGCUCCUCGGUACUGUUUGCCUGUUGCUGGCCUCUAAGCUGCGCGAAACCACGCCCCUGACUAUUGAGAAGCUUUGCAUCUAUACGGACCAAGCUGUGGCUCCUUGGCAGUUGCGGGAAUGGGAGGUGCUGGUCCUGGGGAAGCUCAAGUGGGACCUGGCUGCUGUGAUUGCACACGAUUUCCUGGCUCUGAUUCUGCACCGCCUUUCUCUGCCCAGUGACCGACAGUCCUUGGUCAAAAAGCAUGCCCAGACCUUUUUGGCCCUCUGUGCUACAGAUUACACCUUUGCAAUGUACCCUCCAUCCAUGAUCGCUACAGGCAGCAUUGGGGCUGCAGUUCAAGGCCUAGGAGCCAGCUCUAUGUCUGCAGAUGAGCUUACAGAGUUGCUGGCAGGAAUCACAGGCACGGAAGUGGACUGCCUGCGAGCCUGUCAGGAGCAGAUCGAAGCUGCCCUCCGGGAGAGCCUCAGGGAAGCUGCCCAGACUGCCCCCAGCCCAGUGCCCAAAGCCCCCCGGGGCUCUAGCAGCCAGGGGCCCAGUCAGACCAGCACUCCCACAGAUGUCACAGCCAUCCACCUGUAGCUUGGGACAGGCCCCCUCAGGUGGCCACCAAGCAGAGGAGGGGCCACUGCCACCCCUUCCCUUCCUCUAGGAACAAUCCAUGCUAUAUCGGAAGCCCGAUGGGGGGUCCUCCUUCCCCUCACAAAGCCCAAGGGGCCAGGUCCUGCCUAUCCCCACAGUUGUGCACUAAGGUGCUGGUUGGCCAUGAGGGCUCUGCAUGGCCAGUCAGCUCCUCCUCCUUCCCACCUGACCAGCUCAGCUGUUCUGGGCCAUGCUGGUCAGAGAAAUCCAAACAGGUAAAGUCCAUGCACCAGCAUUCCUUGUGAGUCCCUCCUCUCUGGGGCUCUAAUUUUCUCAAUUGCCAAAACGCCCCAGUUCCUUCCAAAGGUGUUGCCCCUCCUAGGGUCAGUGCAUUUGGAUUCGGGUCCUUCAAGCAUCCUGAUAACCGUGCAUGAGGUACCAAAUAGAUGGCUGCUGUGUAAUCCAUGCUCCCAGCUGCUCUUGGAGGGAACAGCCUAGGCCUUGGUCAGAGGGGCAAGAACCUACCAAUUCUUGCUUUGCUUCCUGCUUAGCUUCUGUGAUUGAGGGCUCUUUGAGGGGUGCUGAUGGUCAUUUUAAUUUAUUGCUUUGAAUACAACUGUAAGAGGGUACAGUGAGGCCUGUACCCCACAAGCGGUGGUAACCCUGGUGGUUGCUGUUUCCCUCCCCUCUGCUACCGCUUUGUGGUCCAGGAGCUGCUACAGCCUGGGAUGGGGCCAUGCCUUCCUCUCCUGAGGCCCUGUACCUCGUCUUCCAGCAGAGGGUUUGAGUAAGGAUGGAUGCUGUGGAGGACAGAGCCUAUCUGGAGAGGUCCAAGCCCUAUUGACACAGGUCUUUCCUUAGGCCACAAGGUUUGGGCUGGUGGCCCAUUUCUAUCAUGCUGCCUUAAUAAAGAUUCCGGAAUAAAACUUG